UCGGGCCUGUCCUGCCCGAGUGGAGGCUUGGCCUGUGGGUUCUGGCCUCAGCCUUGAUGCCACACCCUGCCUCCUGGGCUUUUGGCCAUUUCACAACUGGCGCCUAGGCCCCAGGAGAGGAUGUGACUGGCCCUAGCUUAGAAGGUGCCUUCCAACACACCUGUCUUCCAGCAUAAGGGGACAGCAGCACUUGGUCACACAGAACCUUCUGGAACAUGCCAUUGGUGGUGCUCCUGACAGGUCUCGUCACAGUGAGGACCCAAGGCGUACCCUCUGUUCUGAACCCUGACACGGUGUCCCCUGUGCUGUUGGACGCCCCUGCUCCCGAGGCUGAGGCUAGGAAGCCCGUUGUAUUUCCUUGCAGAUGUUGUUUUUCUGUCAAAAAUGCUAGGUUGUUUCCGAUCUUGAUUACUUGGUGUACACCCUGAGGAAGAGGGGUUUGAGUGUUUCCAACCCUGACUUGGCGUCCACUGUAGUGUUGAGCGCCCCUGUUCCAACAGGAAGGAAGCCAGUUGCAUUUCCAUAGAAACAUUGUUUCUCUGUCAAAAAUACUACAUUGUUUCCAGUAUUUGUUACUUUGUGUACACUCUGGGGAAGAGCGGUUUGAGUGAGUCUGCUUUCAAGUCAACAUAAGCAGACUCUGGAGAAAUAGUUUAGGACCAUUAAUCCCAGUGGUUUGUACAUUUAAUUUUCAAAAAGUUUUGAAAAAUGUAUAAAGAAGGAUGGCAGUGGCCCCUCAUAUAUGCCACACAUGCUUGGAAGGUCCAUGUAAACCAGGGAAAAUGCUACCCUUUGAGGCUCACAUGUAGCAAUACCACCUCAUCUGACAUCUCUGAGAAUGACGGGUCCCAUGUAGGAACUGUACAUAGAACUUCACUGUCUAAGGUCAAGUUUAAACCUUGAAAUGCUAAAUCUAAGUGCUAAAUGCUGAAAGCUAAUGCUAAAAUGUUUGCAUAUGUCCUUCCUCUCAUGUUUUGCAUAUGCCCUUGCUCUCUGUGUGAGGCUGAAUACUGGUCCAAAGAUUGCCCCAUCCUAAUCCUCAGAACCUGGGACUGUUACCUCAUGUAGCGAAAGAGAUUUUGCAGGUGGGAUUAAGCAUCUUGAUGUCAGGGAACUGUCUUAGAUGAUCUGCUGCACCUGAUAUAAUCACACCCAUCCUUAGAGAUAGAGGCAGGAGAAGUAGACGGCAGAGGAGAAGACCAUGUGAUGAUGGAAGCACAGUUAGAAGAUGCUGCACUGCUGGCUUUGAAGCUGGAGGAAGAGGCCACGAGCCAAAGAUUGCAGGCACCUCUAGAAACUGGAAAGGGCAAGGAAAUGGAUUUUCCCCUGGAACCUCCAGAAGGAACCGGCCCUGUGUCAAGCUAGGGAUGCGGUCCAUCCCCAUCGCCACUGCCUGUACCAUUUACCAUAAGUUCUUCUGUGAGAUCAACUUGGAUGCCUACGACCCCUACUUGGUGGCCAUGUCUUCUCUCUACUUGGCCGGCAAAGUGGAGGAACAGCACCUGCGCACACGUGACAUCAUCAACGUUUCCAACAGAUACUUCCACCCGGGCAGUGACCCCUUGGAGCUGGACUCACGCUUCUGGGAGAUCCGGGACAGCAUCGUACAGUGUGAACUGCUUGUGCUGCGGGUCCUGCGUUUCCAGGUCUCCUUCCAGCACCCGCACAAGUACCUGCUCCACUACCUGGUCUCGCUCAAGAACUGGCUGAACCGUUACAGCUGGCAGCGGACCCCCGUCUCCAUCACUGCCUGGGCCUUGCUACAGGACAGCUACCACGGGGGGCUAUGCCUCCGCUUCCGGGCUCAGCACAUAGCUGUGGCAGUAAUCCACCUGGCCCUACAAGCCUAUGGGGUUGAAGUGCCUGCUGAGGCCGAGGCCGAGAAGCCAUGGUGGCAGCUCAUUGUCCCUCCUCGUCCUGGAAUGAGAUUCCAUGUGAGCAGACUGAAUUGCUGGAAGACUCCCUCUCUUUGUGCACCACCCCUCCCCUGCGAACCUACAGUGGCUGCCUCCCCCUUCCUGAGCACCGCCCCACCUCGGGCUGCCCUUCCUCGGAGAUAGCAGCUACUCUCUGUGCUUCAUUGUCCUUUCCUGCUUGUCUGUCCUUCCCCCUCCCCUGAGGCCAGGGAUCUUGUCUACUUCAUCAGAGGCCCCAAGCCCAGCGCCUGGGCCUGACGGGUAGUAGGUGUGCAAGUGUCCUCAAACAAAGGCCAGAUGUAGCCUGAUGGCAGCUUGGAGGGAGGAGCGGGAAGGGUAGCUGUGUGGACAAAAGCAUUGCUCCAUGCUGGACUUCUUGGGGACUUCCUGAUUGUGUGACCCCCUCUAUCCCCCCUCCAUUGAAUCAGGUAGUGGGCCUCUUUUCUGGGUGACACACUUCCCCUGGGUGAGCCUACUUCUCUGGGCGGCAUAGCCAUGCUUCCCCCAUUCUUCACUCUCUUUGGGUGGCUCUGGGCUCUGUGCACUGGAGCCCUUGGGCCUCCUCUGGGCAUGUGAGGGCCACUUGCUUGCUGAUGAGAGACACCUCCUGCUUGCGUGCUCCCAGCUGCCACCUUUCUGAUGCCACUUGUCUGCUCUGAGUGGGCUUCCCAUGCUGCUCAAGAGACUUGACAUCCCCCCUGAAGCCUGUCUGCCCUUGGGUGUGGUGGUGGCGGUGGGGCAGCCCUUGGCACCCAACUGUGUUGGUCCUCUGGGUGGAUGACGCUCCAGCUCUAAAGCAGUAGUGAGUUGUAGCAGGACUCAGAAUUUCCAUCCUUUUUAAGGCUGAGUGCCGUUCCAUGGUAUGGCUGGUCUGAGUCAUGUUAGUUCAUCCUCUGUGGAUGGACUCUUGGGUUGCUUCCAGAUUUUGGCCCUGGGCUACUUUUUAAUGGUCAUUUCUUGGCUUGGGGCCUCCAGAAGCAUUCAGGUAGUGGAUCCUGACAAGCAAGCCUGUGUUUCUGAGAUAUUCAUUUUCUACCCAGAGUGUGGGGUUGGGGGGCGGGAUGGCUGGAUCUUCCUGAGCUGGAUUGGGGAGGGCGGGGUUUUUUCCGGGUCACUGUCUCCCACCUGAGAUGACAGCCCAUGAUAGGUUCAAGCUUCCUUGGGUGUCCAUGCAGCAGGGGGGACUCAGGUCCAGCUUUUGCCCCAGCUCAGCCCCAGACCUGGAGCCCAGGCAGCAACCCCUAGGCCUGGGGGCCACAGCAUCCAACCAGGGACUCCUUUUUUUGCCUUUUAUUUCUGGUGUUAUCAAGGGUCCCCAGGAGCACCCUUAAGCUCCAUGUGUCACUGGGAGGAUUCCCAGAGUUCAGAAAAGCCAUUAUACUCAUGGUUAUGAGUGUCAGGGUUAGUUCCUGGGGAAGGAUGCAGGUUGAAAUCAGCCAAGAUAAGAGGAAUGGAGGUAAGGUCCAGGAGAGAGCAGAUCCAAGCUCCCAGGUCCCCCUCUCAUCAAGCAGGGACUAGCAGUCCCUUCCCAGGAGCAGGGCCAGGGCCAGAUCUUACUUGGAAACAGGCAGGGUUACCCCUUUCAUUUGGGCCCCUGGGGGCUCAUCUUGCAAUUUUAUAAGUUCUGUGGCACAGUCAAGGGGCAGUCUGAGCAAUUUCCUGGUGGUCCAGUGGUUAGGACUCUGCACUCUCACUGCUGGGACCUGGGUUCAGUUCCUGGUCAGGAACUAAGAUCCCUCAAGCUGAGUGUUGCCACCGAGAAGAAAAAAAAAAAAAAAGGUGGUUUGGUCCAGGCUAGAGAGCAGGUCCAUGUGUUCCUCAGGGGCUGACCUAGGGUGGGGUGUGUCCAGUCUACUUCUGGAAAUAGGCCCCCUAUUUCCAUAGAAACCAUGGAGCUGAGAGCCUAGGGUGGAGGGUAGGGGCUUGUGCUCUGGGCCCAGCUCUGUCACCAGCUCCCCACGUGCCUAGGACAAGUCCCCUCUCCUGUGUGAGCUGGAUGAUCACCAAAGCCUCUUCUGUCUGGAAUGGUCUCCCAUAGCAGAGUGCCCAUGCUGUCCGUACUCCCAUGUACUAUGGUUCUGUGCUUAGUGGCAGGUGCCUUGUUUAACCCAGAGGCAGUCUAACCAGAGCCUGUUUUCCUUCUCCUUUCUAGGUGUUUAGUGAAGACCUUACCAAGCCAACCAUUGAUAACAUUGUGUCUGAUCUCAUUCAGAUUUAUACCAUGGACACAGAGAUCCCCUAGAGCCCUGGUCCAGGCCUCCCCAAAGAGAAGCCCGGGACGCUUGGCGGCCUGGGGAUGGCACCGCCACAGGGCCGUGAAGGCCAGCCCCCAGAGGACCAGCUGGGAGGGCUGGUGAAGGCGAUGACUGUCCCCAGCAGCCGUGGUCGGGACAGUGACGGGAGUCACGCCUUCAGCGGGCAGGCUGAGAGUGUACCGAGUGGGGCAGCUCAAGGCCAGUCGCUGCAUCGACAUUUGUGCUUUGAGAGGACCUGACUGCCAUUGAAGAGUGAUGUCUUCGGCAGGAAAAUCUAAGAAGCUAUGGGACUGCACCCCUGGGGAUUUUUUAAAAGCCAGAUUUAUAGAAAAUAUGAAUGAAUGUUCAAUAUAGAUGAAAUUUUAUUUUGUGUAAU